AUGGCUAGUGUGGACUCAAAAGAUAUGCUGAAGAAUGUGGACUGGAAGACUGUGGGCGGUGCAGUGACUACUGAAUCUAGCCAACCAGUUGUCAAGAAGCGCCUUCCAAAGAAGAUCAGACAAGUCCCUGAGUAUUAUUUUCUGCCUCAGCGAUCUUUGCCUUCCGCACUGGCAAUCUAUGGUGUCGUGUGUGCUGCUGGAGUUGGUGCAGGAAUGCUGAUUGAGGUGUGGAUAAACAAAAAGAUCAAAGAGGAUAGUGCUAUUAUCUGGGAGAUGGAUAAAUGA